AAAGAUAAUUCAAAUUAUAUUUAUAAAUUCGAGUUAAAAAGCUACUAUAUAGUAAAAGUAAACUAGUAAGUUCACAAAAAUAUGGUAGUGCUGAAAAGUGCACAAGACAGGUAGAAAGAGAAGAAAGUGGUCCACCUAUAUACAAUUGCAGGAGCCAAACGCUGCGUUGUCCCUUCCUCUGUUCUCAUCUCUCUCCCUCCAUCCAUUUGAGAGAGAGAGAGAGAGAGAGAGUGUGUUUGUUUUCUGAAAUGCACAGCACAGGUAUAUAUCUCCAGCUGAUCCUAAAACCUCUGUCUGCCCGUGACCCUCUCCGUACCCAUCAUUCUCUCUCUCCUUAGAUAUUUCAUAUUUGUCCCAAUAAAAUAAAGGUAAAUCUACUCCCAUGACUCCCUUCUUUUUUUAGCAUAGCAUUUCCAUCUCGGAGUAAACGCCAUUUUAGUCUUUCCCCUUUGCUCAAAAUAGUAAACGCAGAAACCUUUCCCUUUCUCUGGGAUUUCAGCCAUGGUAGAAAAGUAUAAUCUUUUUACAUACAAUGUUUCGAUGAAUUCAAGAAAACCCCUCCCUUCCUAUUUUUCUUUCUAGGGUUUUAGAGUGUUCAAUCUCGUCCACUAAUUUAGCGCCGCAUUUGGCUUUUACUCUCUUCAUAUAUACACUCCAAAGGAAUUUGAUCAGUUUUGCCUUUCAGGGUUUAUGGUUUUUUUCUUGUUUGGAACUCUGGCAUUUUCUCGUAACCAAACAGGGCCUUGAGCCUUGAAUUAAACUCAGCAAAAUAUGUCUUCAUGUUUAAGUGGAAGAGCAUACAGAUUGAAUCUGGACUUGAUAAAACCCCCAACUACCACUUUUUCCACAUCAAAUUCAUCAUCUCCCUCUUCAACUCUCUCGGAAUCAAGCAACUCCCCCCUCUCAAUCUUCACCAGAAAACCCCGCACGCCGCGGAAACGGCCUAAUCAGACCUACAACGAGGCGGCGGCGAUUCUCUUCACCGCCUACCCCAAGCUAUUCCCGCCCAAAAACCUCCCAAAACCCUUCAAGCUCACCAAAUCGCACGAUAACAGAGGCCCCUUUCUGUCUGAGCCGCCGGAUUUGCUCAUCCCGUUCCACCACCGCGACAAGGGAUGCCUGCUGCAGCGCCCGCCGCUUCCUACGGCGGAGAAGCCGUGCCGGAGCCCCGGCGAGGUCACGUCUUCUCGAGGGGAUUUGCUCGAAAUUUGCGACGAAUUUGAGGAAGAUUUCGACGCGGAGUCCAUUCUAGAUGAGGAGGUCGAGGAAGGGAUCGAUAGCAUCAUGGGGAAUCCCAGGGCGGAGGGCGCCGCCGCCGAAUUUCGCGAUUCCGGCGUCGUCGGCGGCGGAUUCUGCUAUGGUUUUCCGGUGGGGAUGGGGUUUGAUUUCGGGUGCGGGAUGAUGAUGAAGGCGAUGAGGAAUGCCGACGGCGGAGAUCAGUGGAGCUCGCCGCGCGUGAACGUCGUCGACAUCAUCGCCGGAGCUCCGGCGGUGAAGAAGGCGGCGAAGAAGAAGAAGAAGAAGUUGGAGGAUUUAUCGAAUUCCAGAGAGGAGUCCGCCUCUCCUCGCCCCGAUGCGGCGGGGCUGCGGCUGAAUCUCGACUAUGACGGCGUUUUGAGCGCGUGGUCCGGUAAGGGCUCGCCGUUCGCCGGCGAUGCUGAGCCCGCCGGAAAUGAUGUCCAAGCACGAUUAGCAGAAAUAGAGUUGUUCCCUGAAAAUGGAGUGGGGUCGGGGCCGGGGAGGGGUGCUAUCGUGCUCCGGUAUAAGGAAAAGCGGCGAACACGCCUCUUCUCCAAAAAAAUCAGAUACCAAGUCCGAAAAGCCAACGCCGAUCAAAGGCCCAGAAUUAAGGAAUGCAAUACGUUGAAGAAAGUAUUGUUGGACUACGAGAGGCUCUCUGGUUGAAAUCAACAAUUUGUUGGGGGGUUUCACCUAGGGAUUAAGAAGGCCAUUUUUGAUUUUCUGACGUAUUGUAUAACUACUUUUCUUCUACCGCAAAAUGGGGGAGAAUGCAAUAAAGUGGAUGUCAUGCUACUGACUUUGCAUAUGCUUUCUAAAAUUCCAAAUGCUCAUUACCAACCGAAUA